UUCCAAAUCUUUUUGUCCAAAUAUAACUGAAAUAAUUGCUGAAAACAUUUUGUUGAGGCAAUGCUUUGCCUCCCUUUCACCUCCCAUGCUGACCCUGGUUAUCCUUUGCCAGGACUGGCACUGGAUAAGACCCAGGCACCUGAAUACUGAAACCCAUGGAUCACCAUCCCAGUAAUAGUUUGUCCUAGUAUUUAGCAUUGACAUCCCUAAAAACGUUGAACAGUUAUUGAUAUGACCGAGUUGUACUUGUAUUUAUAGCACCUUUAUGUAGCGUUCAACUUGUUAUUGUAUUCCCGGUUUUAUCGGCAAUUCAACGUUUCGUCCAGUGUAAUUUUUCUGAACCCUGUAUGGAGGCUGGUCAUUGAUAAUUUAUAUGAGCGAGUUAGGCCAAUCAGCAUUACGAGUACAGCCAGCUGAUCGUUCACAUGUCGAAUAAUUUCCAUUUCGCCAUUUUGUCUACAGAAGAGCAAUGAGUAGGAACUACAAAACAUUACACACGAAUCGUUGGCGAUUAUCUUCAACACAGUGACACAACAUUUUCUUGUAUCAAUGAAUGGAUUAAUGUACUUCAACAAAUGGAUAUGAGGUAUACGAAAAAACGGAAGUGAUAGUCAUUUUUCAACAUUUUCGAACUACAGGAUAUUUUCUACAAGUUGAAAAUGGAAAAACAAAAUGGAGUCUGUUUAGACGAAACUAUGACAUCACAUGGAAUUUGCUAGAAGGUAACAUUGGUGUCAGCGUAAAUUAUGGAAGCUACAGAAUCUGAAGAGGAAAUAGACCUAGAUGACACAUCCAGUGAAGACGAGACAACUGCUCGCGUUGAUCAUGCCUCUGAAGAAGGGCGAUCAUACAGUGACGAUGUUGAACUGAGCUAUGGAAGACAAAUUGAUGAACCGCAAACAACCAAUGAAGAAAGCCAUGACCAUAACCAUGAACAUGAGAAUGUGGAUCCAAAAACCAUUUCUCAUGACAAAGAUGUAAAAGAAAGUGAUGUCUCUGUUAAAGUUGAGGGUGAUAUAUCGACCUCAGUGGAGUUUGCUGUAGAGGAAUAUCCCAGUGAUACAGAGGCUAUCAAACUGGAAAUUGAUGAAGUGUGUGAAGAUGGGAAUGAUGUGGUUCUUAAUGGAGGUGAACCUGAUAACAACCAAAACAAUCAUUCUGAUACAGAUAACAUAAGUACAAGGAGUGCUGGAGAAGAUAUCCAUCCAGAUGAUGUUCCUAUAGUCGGCAUUCCAGAAAAUAGCAGUGGAAAAGAUGCAGUAAAUGACAAAGAUCUGCUACAGGAGUUGUAUAAAUCUAUGGAUGAUAUAAAAUCUGCAAGUGUUAAUGCUGCUAUAGAUGAUGUGAACUCUGUAAAUAACUCAACGGGGAAGCUACCUCUUGCACCUGCUGAAAUAGGGUCUUCCAGCAGAGGUUCUGAACAGUUGCAAACACUUAAUCCUACACCUACAACAUGUGCUAAUUCAAGUGUUAUCCAGCCUCAGCUUGUUAUAAAUCAGUAUAUCCUUGCUCCCAAUAUUGUAAUGCAAGGGUUAACAAGUAAUCAAUCAACGGUUGGACAGGUUGUACCCAUAGUGAACAAUUCACCAUUUGUAAUUCAAGGAGCUACCUCUGUGAAGCCACAACAAAAUGUGCCAAAUCCUCAAUCAGUUCUCAUAGUGAAUGCCUCCCCUGGAUCAGGCCAGGCAUUUACUCAGUCAAUCAUUAAUUCCCCAAGAUCAGGUCAGGGGAUUGGCCAGUCAGUCCUUAAUACCCCAAGACCAGGUCAGGGAAUUGGCCAGUCAGUCCUUAAUACCCCAAGACCAGGUCAGGGGAUUGACCAGUCAGUCCUUAUUUCCCCAAGAUCAAGCCAGG